UUGUAGUCCCGAGGCGCGUCCCGCUCCCGUUGCCGAGCGGCGGGAUGCGGGGCGGGAUGCGAAGGCCCCGGGCGGCGGGCGGCUCACGGCGGAGGGCCGGUGCCGGCGAUGCGGUGGGGCGCGGCAGCCUCCCGCCGCUUGUGGAGGGCCCGCCGCGCUGCCUCCUCCGCUGCGCCGUCUCCAGGCUCGUGUGGACCGGCCCCAGGCCGCCCGGCGCCGCCCUCGUCCGGCUGAGGUGGUGGGGAGAGAGCUCCGAGGGCACCGUCCUGCAGCCCGGACCCGGCGCCGCCGCCCGCUACGCCGUGCGCUGUGGACCCCGCCGGUUCGCUGCCUACCUGGCAGAUAUGGGUGUACUUGUCCUGGAGGUAAUGACCAAACCUGACCAUCUCCCAAUUGGCAGAGUGCAAAUCACCGGACUGUCCCAGCUCUCUCCCAGCCAUCCAAUCAAUGGGGUUUUCCCCAUAGUUUCACCAACAUCUGAUAAGCUAGGAGAACUGCAGGUCUCCCUAGUUCUAGAACCUCUGCCAGAACUGUACGACACCAGCAACACUAUCCAGACCACAGAUGCAAGUUUAGAUAUUGCUCCUGCUCAAGAAAGCACCAAGCCCUGGCUUCUUGCUCGAUCACAGCAGUCCAGGCAAACACGAGUGACUAUUGCUGAUCGAGAGUCCAUGGAUAACUGCAGAGCCACAAGUCCCAGUAGAGCAAAGGACCAUUUGCUCUUUCAAGAGAACACUGAAAACAUAAAGGACGCUAUUUCUGCUUCUCAUCACCGUCUGAUUUUACCGGAUGAACAUUUAAAAAUGAGUCCUUCAAAUCACCAAGUGUCCUUUCCCACCAGUACUGAUCCCGAAGCACCUGCUGGGACAAACACACGGGUGCUCUCUUUGCAUAACCCAGCUACAAAAGACCUGCUUUCAGCUCUUUUGGAUCAAGGCAAUAAACUCCGUGAUGCCAUGGUUGUUUCUGCAAUGAAGUCUAGCCCAGACAUGGAGAUUGAACUAAAUGAAGUGCCUCCUUUUAUAGACAGAGAUGAUUUCAAAGCACCAGCAAAGAGCCCAAAAGGCUUGAACUCAAAUUUUUUGCCCACUCCUGAAGAUCCUAAUCUCUUUGCACCUGAAGUGCCAGGUCAGCCCGACUCUGACGAGAGAGCAAUACAGCUAUUGUUGGGCAGUGCUGAUUUGUCUCCUCUGCAUUUCUGGGAUCACACAGGUUCCCUUUUGGAUUCUCUCUCUCUUGGGAGUGAGGUGUAUGACAGUGAACUCAAUGAUCCCCGUUACGACCAGAGUCUGCUAGAGAGUCUUUUUUACACAGCUCCUAAAUCUGAUUCCAGUUUAAGUGAUUUCCUCAGUGAUGAUGAUGUUAACUCCUCAAAAAAAGUAACCAAGACAGAAACUCUUAAGAAAGCUAAUCCAAGGAAUUCACAGAAGGAUUCUAAUGCCUUUACUCAGGAUCAGAAGGUGACAGAAAUUAAACCCAGCGGCUCUCCUGCGAGACCAUUUGCUUUUCCAGAAGAUCACAAAGAACAAGUUCAUGCCACAUCCUUGAGUGCAGACAGGCUGGCAUUGCUAGGGCAAAUACACCUAGCCAGAGUCAUCAUUGAAAGCUUGAAAAUCCCUCCUGACAUCAUCCAGAUUACACCAAGAAAGAAAGGCUUAAUGGGGAAGCCUCCAAGGCCUCUAUCAGUUAAUAAGUGUACCUUCUUUGUUGACUACCACUUUCCUGUGGGAACCUCUAAGGAUGCAAAAGGACAAGUCUCCAUAGCAACAGAAAUAACUCGAAUAGCUUCAAGUAAAAUCACAGAUGAUGCGGUGAAAUUUCAACAGCGGUUUGUGUUCCCUGUCCGUUUUGGUGAAAUGAUGAUAGAACACUGGUGGAGCUCUGAUCUUGCUUUUAAAAUCUACAUGAGAAAAAACACACAGAAAAAGCCAGUAGCCGUUGGCUCAGCAGCACUUCAGUUACGCAAGGUUGUUCAGUCUGAGUUGCUCACUGUCAGCUGUGAAAUACCUGUGGAAAAAGAGGGAGAUCAGACACAAGUUGGACCACUAAAGGUAUCCUUAGAGCUUGCAGCUGACAACAAAGACUUCACCCGCACUGCUGCCAGGUCAGCUAUGGCUGUGCAGCAAGUCCCAGCUCAUGCCGUGAGAAGUCCCCAGCUGGAAUUCCAGGAGCCCAACAGGAAAAGCAUGGAUGCAGAAAGCCUUCGCUGCUUGAAACUUAACAACUGUGAGGACUCGCAGAAGACGGGAGCAGCCAGCAUAAAUGUCAUGCAGCCACCGCAGGCUCUACCGACCUCUGUAGCCCAUAAUCUGAUGACACAAAUAACGGCAUCUGAAGAGGAUGGCUUAUUACUGCACGUGCUGUUGAUGGUGCCUGAUGGAAAGGAUUUCGUUGCUGGAGACUGUGGGAUCCACAGUUCUUGUAAUGUAUAUUUAAACUGCAAACUGUUCAGCACCGAGGAGGCAACGAGAUCUGCUGUUAUAUGGGGCACAACACAACCUGCCUUUAAUUUUUCUCAGGUGAUGCCUUUUUCGUUGACUUCCAGACACUUGGAGCGGCUGAAGAACAAUGUCAUGAUUAUUGAAGCGUGGAACAAGAUGGGAAGCCCUGGCCAUGACAAACUGCUAGGACUAGUGAAGCUUCCCCUGCAUCAGUUUUACAUCUCAUUCAAAGAUCCAAAGAUUUCCCAUCUGCUUCUUCAAGCUCAGUAUCCGGUAGUUGCUGUGGACAGCUAUAUGCCCGUGAUAGAUGUUUUUACUGGCACUAGAAGUGGAAGCCUGAGGGUCGUUCUGGCAAUGGGGUCAGCUGAUCAAAUAGUGGCACUGCAAAGGCUAAAAAAUGAAGAAGGAAUGGUACCUCCCAUCACACAGCGCCCUUUCCACUCUCUGGACUCUCCACCUGUAAAGCCCACAAUGCAGUUAGAAGAAGAAGGGGAAGACCUGAUGGAGCAUGUGUUUGAAAUCCAUGUGGAGAGUGUGAAAGGACUCAUGCCCUUACAGUCCACAGUCUGGGGAGAGGCUGACUGCUACGUACAGUACUAUUUCCCAGUUCAAGAGGCUGGUUGUGGGGCGCUGCCAGGAACAAAAUUGCACGAGGAUGGAAUCGUAUUAAAGCUGUUUCGCACAGCAACCACCUUGUGCAUCCCUGAUCCUGUCUUUAAUGAUGAGCAUCAUCAUUCUUUGUUGGUUCCUGCUGAAGUCCCGGUCCAGAGGCUCCUGGUCAGUGCAUUUAUGGCACCAGGAGGGACUGGAGGAGGAAUCCAGUUUGAAGUCUGGUGCAGGUAUUAUUACCCAAAUGUCAGAGAUCAGAUGGUUGCCAAAGGCACAUUGCCUUUGUCACGGCUCUGUGCCAUGGUGACUAUGCAGCAUCGUGAAGAAAUAGGGAUACAGACUUUUAAUCUUCCAUUGGUCCCCAGGACUAAUUCCUCAGAGGAAUUUCAUCUGCGGUCUUCAGGCUUGCUUGAUGUGAGCGUGAGAUACCAACGAUCCAUGAAAAGAGCAGCAGGAAUAACUGCUCAAACCGUUUCUCUUUCUGUACAAGUACACAGAGCAGCUGGUUUGCAAGCAGCAGCUAGAGCUGUGGCACAGAAGAACCCUUCAGUCCAGUACUAUGCAGGUGUGGGAGUUAAUGCAUAUGUCUCUGUGCACCUCUCCUUUCUGCCUCAGGCAGAGAGACGCUGCACGCGAGCUGUGGCUCGUACUUUCUGCCCAGAGUUUGAGCAUCGCAUAGAGUUUCCUUGUAACCUCAUCAUUCAGAAAAGUAGUGGAGAAGCCUCUUCUCUGGGGGAGCUGUUGCAGUCUGCCGAUAUUGUCUUCUCUAUCUACCAUCAAAGCACCAAGUCAGCCACUGACACGCCGGCAGCUCGGACAUCAAGAGAUUAUCUUCUUGGAACAGUCACAAUUCCAACCAGAGACCUGCUGAGAAGAAGAUCAGGUAUUUCAGGCUGGUACCCAGUUACUCUGUCUGAAGAUUUAAUGCCCUCACACUGCACAAAUGUCAUGCAGGCCAUUGUGGGAGGUCUGGAACUUUCCGUUACCUUUGCUCAUCAGGAUGACAGAGAGCGCGUUUUGGAGGCUGCUAAGGUCUUAGGAUGGAACUGUGAGGAGAACUAUGAAGACAGCAUGGAUGAUAGCGAUGAAUGGGAGCAAAGUGCCAGUCCAGCAACUGUGACCAUCUCAACUCCAAGACUGUGGCUGCCAGUCCACUGUGUGCUGCUUGCAGGCCAGUCACACCUGAAUAAAAGCACUUAUUGCUACCUCAGAUAUAAGCUAUAUAAUCAGGAAGCCAUGUGGACUUCGCUUAGGAGGCCAAAACUGAGUGAUGAUGUAAAGAAUGUUACAGUGAACUUUAAAAAACCAAACAAGGUGACUCUCAGAAGGAGCCAAGGACUGCUUUGGUUCUUCCGAGAGGAGAUGUUAGAAAUCCAGGUGUGGUGGGCAUAUGGUAAAGAAGAUGAUGUGGAAAGACCACUUGAUACAGAUCGUCUUAUCGGAUCUGCCUAUGUCGAUCUUGGAGCAUUAGCAGAGAGGUCAAGAAAAACACUAAGUGUUAGUGGGGUUUAUCCGUUGUUCAGAUGCAAUGCUGCAAACCUAGCAGGAGCUGCUGUACGUGUUCACAUCGCCUUUUCUGCCACUCCUGCUGCCCUGCCUAGCAGACUUCCUUGUGCUGAUGAAUACAGCAACAGUGAAGAUGAAAGCACAGAGAAAGCACCUGAAGUCAGCCAAGAGGUCUCUGAAAGUCAGAGUCAAAAACUGGAUACCGUAAGUUCAGAAAUCGUCAAUGGCAAACCACAAGAAGAAGACAUAAUGUUUUUGGAAAACACAUUUGCUGUCAAUAUCCUUGUGGAAAGAGCAAUGCAUCUAAGUUUAAAAGGGAGUCCACUGACAGAACGUGAAGUGACAGCACCAAGUAGCUGUGUAUCGUUUGCUGUUGCUGGGGCAGAUGGUCCAAUAAUAACUCCAGUAAUAGAAAAUACAGAUUCACCGGUCUGGGACUUUCAGCAACAAGCAAGAUUAUCCAAAGAGCUUCUCCUGGAUCCACAGCAAACCUUGGUCUUCAAAGUGUGGCAUAAAGCAGAGAUUGAGCGAGUGAUAGGAUUUGCAUCAGUGGACCUUUCUCCUCUUCUUUCUGGCUUCCAGCUCGUGUGUGGGUGGUACAAUAUUAUGGACUUCAGUGGGCAGUGCCGAGGGCAGAUCAAAGUAGCAGUUUCUCCUCUUCAAAACAUAAAUAAUCUCAAAGAAGAAAGGCAGGCAAGGAUCCGGACCCAGCCACCAGGUUCUUCAGGGAAGGCCAGUUUUUCAACAUUUCCUAGUAAUGCCACAAGCUUUUCCAAGCAGAUGCUAAAUACCGUGUUGAAGGAAGCCAGUGUUCAUACUCGAGAGCGGCCUGUUUCUACUAAAAUUAACCCUCCUGGAACACACACGCCUCGUCAUGAAGAGCACAUACAGAAUGUGCGCAGAUUUCACGAAUCCCUGCAGCAAGCAGAAGGGAAUGCGCACCGGGCAGCGAAGAUGGACUCAUUAUCACUGUCAUCACGUGCUUCUCUUCUCUCUGCUCUCAGGAAAAACUUGAGUGAGCUGGAUGAGGUUCAAAGAUACUUCAGUCAGAAGCUGACCAGGUCUUUUCCUGACUUCACUUAUGGUAACACAUCCAAACCAAGUCCUGAGGAGCAGGAGAAUGAUCAUGGAGGCUCGAUGAGCAGAGAAGUGGAUGCUAAUGGAUGCCAUCUUUUGGAAAGGUCUAGUCAGUUGAUGUCUCAGGUCAGCAGCCUCAUCAGCGACUUACAGACUAUAACUAAAAACAGUAAAGAAUCUUCUCACGUGCAUCAAGACAGCAGCAGAGAGCUGGGUGCUACACAUGUACCCAGACAGAAGGAUGAAGAAGGCAGAACUGAAGUAUGUCAAGGCCAACUUGAGCUGGACUCGCCCAGCGUUUGCAGUGAUGCACAGCAGCCGUGCUCCUCUGGGAGAUCUGUGUUUGAGAGACACAUGUUGCAUGAACUUCUGGAGCAAGCGGUCCCUGGAGAUGAGCAUCCUUCACCAACAGGCUGCAUCCGGGAAGGUGAAGGUGGUUUUGCCCUCCAGCCACGCAGUGAAGAAGAAUAUGAAGAAGAUAUUAUAGAACCACGAACUCUUAAUGAAGUAACAACCAUAACAGACAAAACGAGUCCCUGGUCCAGCGUGCUGUCUGAAAUGGAGCAGCCCAUAGACUUGAGGCCUGAAGAUCAGCGCUCAGUGGAUAUAGAUUGUUUCCAAAGAGGAGACAGCAGACGCUGCAGCACCUUGUCCAGCAUACUACAAGGUGACAACGACAGCAUGCUCACUGCCCUUAGCCCAUGCCUUAGGCUCUGUGCAGAUGAGGGCAGUCCUUGGCCAGUAACAGAAGGCUUUAAGAGCUUGAACAGUGGUACAGAAACGGCUGGGAAGGAGCUGUUUCAGCGUUCUCAUUUGUCAGAACUGCGUCAAGCAGCCAGUGCUCCUAUAGAAAAUGGAAAUUGUGACAGGGAUAGAGCACUUAACAUGAAGCAAGUAGAGCAAAUGGUAGAGUUUUGUGCAGCCUCCACGGAACUACUGGCAUUUCCAGGAGAUGUUGGUUUGACCAACCCAAAAACCACGGAAAGAGAGGAGGAGGAAGACAAUGAGGUUGUAGAUGAAGAUUGUCAAGAUCUGGAAGAAAAUGGUUCCAAUGACAUCUGUGUUGAGAGUUUAUCAGCCCAAGCAGGCUUGGAAGGAAACGGUGAAAGCUUUUCUCAUGAUAGUCCGAAAGACCCACUGGAAGAGUUGGAAAAAUCUGUCAAACCAAGAAGUGUUUUAUCUGAUCCUGUUGUUGUUCCCAACUUCUUCCUUCCACCCCAGCAGAUGGAAGCUUCCAUGCGACUGCUCAGCAUUUCUGCUGGUCCUUCUACAGCUCUGAAAAGUGGAAACGGAGCUGUGCUGGGAGGCAUCCCAUACCGAAGGUCAAAUCGUCCCUGGCCCACAGCUGAUCUCUCAGAAGAGGAGACCAAAAGGAUCUCCAGGAUCUUCUCUGCUCAGCUGUCCAAGAAGGAAUAGCAUUGGCUCUCUGCUGCGAAGCGUUGUGCUGCCACGGCAUGAGCCUGUCGCUAACAGGCAGGUGGGACUCCUUCCCCCGAAAGUCUCCAGUAACAGGCGGGAGAGGCCCUCGCAGAAAUGUUUCCUGGAAGACACUAUGGCUGGGGGCACAGGAAAAGGUCGCUGCUUUGCAACGUGAUUGCGUAUCGCCUGCAUGGAACACAGCAGAUCUCGUCAGCAUGCAAAUGCUCUAUAUUAGAGCUGCUUUUCAAACCGCACUUUGAAUUCAGGAUUUAAGGAAUCAAAGUUUCAGCAUCUCUUUUUCCUCACACCUCUGCAGUUUUGUUUUUCACAGGGGAAAUCCUAAAUGCAUCAUUCACUCCUAACACAACUUCCCCAUGCUGGGUUCGACCCCAGUGGUGAAAUCUGUUCUGCCCGCAUGCUGCCUGCGCAGCUCUGAGCCUCCUGCAAGCUGCCCAGAGCAGGGCCACGGGUGCUGUUGUCGUACCUGGCAUUUCCAGCCUCAGUAGCCCCAAUCCUCUGCCCUGCACACGUGUCCCUACACGCUGCCUUUGCUGGGUGGCCCCGUACCACGUGUCCCCAGCGUCUCCCUGCAAGAACAGGAGUGACGCAUAGGCUUCCUUUUCCCGCUGCUCCUCCUGGUGACAUCCACAAAAAAACCCAGGCAUGAUGCCAGCUGGGUUGGGAUCACGGUCACAGAGGAGGUGACAAUGUUGAUUGCCGAUUCUAUCUCAGGUAUGAGAUAAACAGCUUCUUCCUCUUGCAUUUAAGUCAGCGGUGGAGCAUGGUCCGGCUGGCCAGGAAAACAAGACAGCAACCAGUGGGAAAAGCGUGCUGGUGCCAGACGAGCUGCUGCCUGGGGCCUGAGCAAAGGAGCAAAGGUGGCUUCAGGGCAUCAAACCAGCUCAAAAUCCCUUGUGCAUGCUCAUGCACAAAGUGAGCUUGCACAUCAAGAGGGAUGCACGCUCCUUCGUGAGCUCAUCUCUUUGGGCUUUGUGCAGGUAGUGCUAAAAUAUCACAAAGGGUCAAACACACUGACUUUUAAGAAAAUAAAUGCAGGAAAAGGGGCAUUUCUUGAGCCACCAGCCCACCCUCAGCCUCCAGGCUUGUCCUGAGCCCUGUCCCUCCCUGCACUGCCUUCCUCUCUGCUACAGACCCAGCACACGGACACACUUGAAAGGGCAUCGUGGUUUCCAUCAUGCAGAGUAUGAACACGGGAGGGAUUUACCUCUGAUCUGCUCACGUUCCCCUGCUCAGUCUGCUCCACGUGAGCUUGGGGGACACGUUACACCAUGCAGAGGAAAUCCACCAACAAGCUUGGCAGCUGCUCAGGAUGAAUUACAGCUUUGUGUCUGUGCCAGGAGCAGAGGGGUCUGACCUGCCCUGCGGGCAGAGCGCAGGGUGCUGUGUUGCCUCCAAACUGCUCACUUUUAAAGCCUUGGGGAAGUGUUUUCUGCAUCUGGUCCUUCCAAAGCACAUUUGGGUUAGAAACUGAAGCCAUUCCCCCAUCCCUGAAGUCCUAGUAGCCACCAAAUGAGCACGACCACAUCAUCCAGUACUGCCCCACAGCUCUGCUCCAAU